ACGUCAGAGUCCAGAACACGUUGAACUCGCCCCUAAAAAGUAUACCUCGAGAAUCUUAGAAGUGCCACGAAGCAACAGGUACCUUUCAUCUCUACACGGACAUUGCUAUACGGGACGAAACAUCGGAUUAUCCGAGAACGGUUACGGUCUGGCCACCGUUGCCCCGAAACCCGUGGAACACCCCAAGGUCAACGUAUAAUUAGCUAGAGUGGCCUCUUUCAUGCACCCGGAGGAGACGAGUCCCGGACAAGCAACAACAGCUCACCAUGAAGCCCGCAUCGCGGCUUUUCUACUUGUCGCUCUUUGCGCUCUGGAGUCCCGAAGCCCAGUGCAAGAGCGACGAUAAAUCAUGCGCUAUAUCACCAAAAGCCAUCGUCAGUGAUGCAUGCGCCUCCUAUUCCACCCUCGAACAGCUUAACCGCGACAUCAAGCCCGCGCUCGACGACUUAACACGGACAACCGAUUUCUUCUCACACUACCGCCUGAACUUGUUCAACAAGCAAUGUCCCUUUUGGAACGACGAGAACGGCAUGUGCGGCAACAUUGCCUGCGCCGUGGAGACCCUCGACAACGAAGAAGACAUUCCCGAAGUAUGGCGCGCCCGCGAGCUCGGCAAGCUCGAAGGACCCCAUGCUAAGCACCCGGGAAAGUCCGUCCAGCGACAAGAACCGAAGCGCCCGCUCCAGGGCGAGCUGGGAGAGAACGUAGGCGAGUCCUGCGUGGUGGAAUACGACGACGAGUGCGACGACCGCGACUACUGCGUGCCGGACGACGAGAGCGCAACCUCCAAGGGCGAUUACGUCUCUCUCCUGCGCAACCCCGAGCGCUUCACCGGAUACGCCGGCGAGGGCGCCAAGCAGGUCUGGGACGCCAUCUACCGCGAGAACUGCUUCCAGAAAUCCUCCUUCCCCCAGUCCGCCUCGCUGGGCGAGACCUACUCGGUCCCCAAGGGCCCCGCCGCCCAGGAUUUCCGCGCCGUCAUGCAAGCCGCCGGUCGGCAGCAGGUGCUCGAGCAUGAGCGCGAGCAGAACCCGCUGGUCCCCUUCGUCGCCAAGACCGGUCUCGAGUCCGAAGACGAGUGCCUCGAGAAGCGCGUCUUCUACAAGAUCGUCAGCGGCAUGCACGCGUCCAUCUCGACGCACCUCUGCUGGGACUUCCUCAACCAAACCACCGGCCAGUGGCAGCCCAACCUGUCCUGCUACAUCAACCGCCUGCACAAGUUCCCGGACCGCAUCAGCAACCUGUACUUCAACUACGCCCUGCUCACCCGCGCCGUCGCCAAGCUGGGGCCCUACCUCUCCUCUCAUGAGGAGUACACCUUUUGCACGGGCGACCCGGCCCAAGACGCCGACACGCGCGCCAAGGUCCUCGCCGUCACUUCCAAGGCCGCCAACAGCGUGCCUGGCCCUGUGUUCGACGAGUCGAUUAUGUUCAAGAACGGCGAGGGCCCUUCGCUUAAGGAAGACUUCCGCAACCGCUUCCGCAACAUCUCGAGGCUGAUGGACUGCGUCGGCUGCGACAAGUGUCGGUUGUGGGGCAAGUUGCAGACGGCUGGGUACGGGACUGCGCUCAAGGUUCUCUUUGAGUUCGCUAACAACGAUACUCCCGCGACAACCUCUACGACUGACGAGAUUCCGUUCAAGCUUAAGCGCACCGAGCUAGUGGCGCUGUUUAAUACUUAUGCUCGGUUAAGCAGCAGUUUGGAAGCCAUUCAGAAGUUUAGGGCGAUGGUUGAGGAGAGCGAGAAGGGACAACAAUCCCACGAGCAAGUCGAAGAAGCCGAGAAUUCGGGAGCCCAUCACAUCCCCGACCGAGCCAAAAAGCCACGACACGUUAUUGUUUCGACACCCGUUGCCGCUGAUGCCGCUGAGGAGGCCUCUGUCACAAAUACUGCCACAACCGCUGUAGACGAGGCCACGGCGGCGGGAGUUACUCCAGCUCCCAAGGUUGAGCAAGAGCAGCAGCAGCAGCAACAACAUAUCGAUGAUGAUGACUUCGACGAGUUCCAACAACAACCGCAACACCCCGACACCGAUCCCAACUUCGAAUACAAGAAGAGAACCAUUAAGGAUGAGCUCGAGAACGAGUUCACGGUGGUGCUUGCGGCGUUCAAGUUGGUGAUCAAGAGUUAUUUCAAGUUACCUGGGUUCCUCUACGAAAUCAUCACCACCGAACUUAAACGGUUCUGGCAAUUCUAUAUCGGCUUGCCCGUCAUGCCGCGGACUUGGGAGUUUAGGAGACCUAGUCUUGAUGAGCUUUGAUUGGGCUUUGAGCUUAGAAGAUGAGUUUUGGUAUCGAUA